UGGAGUUUUAAAAUAAGAUGGAUGAUUUGGCGUUACUUGAUCUUCUGGAGUGUCCUGUGUGUUUUGAAAAGCUCGAUGUCACAGCCAAAGUCCUCCCCUGCCAGCACACCUUUUGUAAACCAUGUCUACAGAGGAUAUUCAAAACACGAAAGGAACUGAGGUGUCCAGAAUGCAGAACCCUGGUCUUCUGCAAUAUUGAGGAGCUUCCAGCCAACUUGCUCUUGGUGCGUCUCCUGGAUGGCGUCCGAUCAGGUCAGAGCAUGGUGAGAGUGGGCUCCUUCAGAAGACCUGGAGUAUUAACCUCUCAAGACUCAAGAAGGAAAAGUAGGACAGAUCCCAGAAGCUCACAACCUAGUCCGUACCAACUGAUUCCCAAUGUCCGAGUCCACAUGGAUGGGGUGCCAAGAGCAAAAGCCCUAUGCAAUUAUAGAGGGCAGAACCCAAAUGACCUAAGGUUCAACAAGGGAGAUAUCAUCCUCCUUCGAAGACAACUUGAUGAAAAUUGGUACCAGGGAGAGAUCAAUGGCAUCAGUGGAAUUUUCCCCACCAGCUCAGUGGAGGUUAUUAAGCAGCUUCCACAACCUCCCCCACUCUGUCGGGCUCUUUACAACUUUGAUUUGAAAGAUAAGGACAAAAAUGAAAACCAAAACUGUCUGACAUUCCAAAAGGAUGAUGUUAUCACCGUGAUUCGUAGGAUUGAUGAGAAUUGGGCGGAAGGCAAAUUAGGCGAUAAAGUCGGCAUCUUCCCCAUCUUGUUUGUAGAGCCAAACCUCACCGCAAGACGUCUGUUAGAGAAGGGCAAAAGCCAUCGGUCAUCCCAUAUAAAGAGUAUGUCCCUGACAUCCUCUUCUCCUAGAAGCAAAGUGGCAGACUCAACAGCCUUCAAUCAAGUCUUAGAAUCCAGAAGGAAGAACCCAAGACAAUUCUCCAUCAUGACAGCCUUGAACACCCUCAACAGAAUGGUCCAUUCAUCUUCAGGACAACAAAUGGUAAAAAUUGGCUCCCCUGUGCUUAUUAGCUCCAGCAAUCCUUCUGUGUCAUCUCAGAAUUUGGAGAAGAAAGAACUCUCAUCUAACAGCCCUGUCCAGGUCAGCACUUAUUACAACACACCUGGAUCCCGCUCUUCUGCAAUUGUCAACCUACCCUAUUCCCAGCAACAUAUACCAACUAAUAUGUUUGUUGCUGUGCAUUCUUAUUCGGCCAAAGGACCAGAUGAAUUAGACCUUCAAAAAGGAGAGGGCAUCCGGGUCAUUGGAAAGUACCACGAGGGCUGGCUUAAGGGUGUGUCCCUGGUCACUGGAAGAGUUGGGAUAUUCCCAAAAGACUAUGUUGUUCCUAUUUUCAGGAAGACCUCUGGAUAUUCAAAUUCCAGGACUCCUCUCUAUACCACGUGGACAUUAUCCACCUCUUCAGUUUCCCCAGGGCUUAAGUCAGACAAUGAUUCCAGACAAGGCCAUCAUUUUAAAUCAGUCCUUGUGCCAACAGCAGUAGUCAACCCUGUGAGAAACUCAAGUGGGUCAGCAGCCUUUGGACAAACUUCUCUACAGAAAGUACGGAGCAGCAUGAGAAAAAAUGGAUCACUUCAGAGAUCAUCUCUGUCUGGAUCCCCAAAUUCCAUUGUUGGCUCCCUCCAGAGGACCUCAACAGUUGCCGUUCCACUCCAUUCAUUCUCAGCUUAUCAGUCAAAAUCUGUCCCUCCGCCAAUUCCAACUACCCCUGUGAUUGAGAUUGGUUCAAGGCCUUCUUCAACCAGUGAAUCUACCAUUCUUUUUGGAAACAGAAGUUCCGAUAGCAGGAUCCAUUCAGCUACCAGCUCCAUCAUUUUAGAAACCAAAGAAUCCCCACUCAAGAGCGAACUUUGCAUAAAGCCACCUGCAUCGGCUCCACCAUCCAUCCUAGUGAAACCAGAAAACUCCAAGUCUGGUAGCGAAAAGCAAGUCAAAACAGUGAGAUUUCAGAACUACAGCCCUCCUCCACCUAAACAUCACAGCUUCCAUUCUACCUCUGGCAAACCUGACUCCAUGACCAUCUCUAAAGGAUCCUCGGCAGAAACAGGCCCUUUGUGUCAAGAGAUGACAACCUUAUUUGUCCAUCGCAGUGGAUCCCAUUCAGGACAACAAACAGACCACAGGAGAACACCAAAGUAUUCAAAACCCAUGCCUCCAAUAAUUGCUGCCUCUGACAUAGCCAUCAUACCCAGCAAGUGAAUCUCUGAUGCGGCUAUUCCAAAAGCCAAAAGAGAAUCUCACAAAGAUGUUCCCUCUUCUCCAUUCACACAGCCACCUCUUCACUACAGGACUUCACCAUCUCUCACGUGGACUAUCAUAAUCUCCCUCCAGUCAGCUACCAAAAUGAUGUUCCUAAUGCAAAAGGCUUUAGUGGCCAUGUCACUUUCCCAUGACUCAAUAAAGUCCAGCGUGUCUCUAUUUCAUCUAGGAUCAAAUAUAAAAUUUUCUGUUUGUCCUUAAAGCUCCCUUCUAUAUUUCCAAACUUGUUACACUUUACACUUCUAAGAUCCAGGAAGCUACACUGGACUACUUGCAGUUCCUGGAACACCCAUCUGCUGGCAACCAUGACUUUUCUUUGACUGUGUCCCAUGACUGGAGUGCCAUCCCUUGUCAUCACCAGCUUCCAGCUUCCCUGGCUUCCUCAAGACUCGGCUCAAAUGGCACCUUCCACAAGAGACCCUUCUUGGUUCCCCAUUCCUUCCCUCUAAAAUUACUUUCCACUCACACUGUAUAAAAAUGUGUGUGUGCAUGUAUAUCCAUAUGCAUAUAUACACAUAUAUCCAUAUAUAUGCAUACACACACAUAUAAUCUUUUCCAUACAUAAUUAUUUGCAUGUUGUCUCCUCUUUUAAAAUGUGUGCUCCUUGAAAACUGAGAUCAAGUUUUUGCCUCUGUUUGUAUUCCCAGCACCUAACACCCUGCUGGCACAUAGUGCUUAAUAAAUGCUAGUUGACUGAUUGA